AUGGGGUCGCACUCCCACUUCAAUCCCCCCGUGGAGGUUCCCCAGGCAGAGGGGGCCUGGGAGUGGUUCCGUGGCAUGGGCAGCCCCCAGUUCUGGGUGGCGCCUAUGGUUGACCAGUCGGAGCUGGCCUUCCGCAUGCUGUGCCGGCGCUACGGCUGCACCGCCGCCUACACCCCCAUGCUUCACGCCCGCCUGUUCCUGGAGGGGCGCGCGUAUCGUGCGGAGCACUUCACCACCUGCGACGCCGACCGCCCGCUGCUGGCCCAGUUCUGCGCCAACGACCCCGACACCCUGCUCCACGCUGCGCGGCUGGUGGAGGACCAGGUGGACGCCGUGGACCUGAACCUUGGGUGCCCGCAGCGCAUCGCGCGGCGCGGGCGCUAUGGCGCCUUCCUCAUGGACGACCUGCCCCUGGUGGAGUCGCUGGUGCGGGCGCUGGCGGGCGGUCUGACGCGCGCCCGGGUCACGGUCAAGAUCCGACGCUUCGACGAGGUGGGGCGCACGGUGGCCUACGCCGCCGCGCUGGAGCGCGCGGGGGCCAGCCUGGUGGCGGUGCACGCGCGCACGCGGGAGCAGAAGACGGCGGCCGCCGUGCGCGCCGACUGGGCGCACAUCGCCGCGGUCAAGGCCGCGCUGCGCGUGCCCGUGCUGGCCAACGGCAACGUGCGCAGCCUGGCGGACGCGCGGGCCUGCAUGCGCGACACCGGCGCCGACGGCGGCUGCCGCCUCCUGCUGGAGUACCUGGACCUGUGCGACGCCUACCCCGCCCCCUUCCGCAUGGUCAAGGCGCACGCCUUCCGCAUGCUGGGGCCCUGGCUGGCCGAGCACACCGACGUGCGCGACGAGCUCAACCGCGGGCCCGACCUGUGCAAUGAGCGGGUGCGGGAGCUCACCAUGGAGCUGGUGGACAGGAUAGAGGAGUGCGGGCGCGACGCACCCAUCCCCAAGAUCUCCGCCAAGAAACUCGCGGCCAUGGAGGCCGAGGCAGCGCGGGCGGCUGCCAUAGCGGAGCAGGCCAGGGAGGCAGAAGGGCUCGCGGAACUCGGGGUUGUGAGCGCUGCGGCCGAGACCGUCCAUUGA